AAAGAGAAAGCAGCUUCUCCGAGGAAGGAGCUGGAGGAGGAGAUCCUCUCUCCCGCCCCCGUCUUCCCCAUAUUCGGACCCAUCGCUCUCCUCCUUCCCACAUUCCCUUCCCACCACCUUUCCUCUCUCUCUCUCUCUCUCUCUCUCCGUCACCGUCAGUCAGUUCGCUCCGACCCCCACCACACAUGCGGCGGCGCGGGCGCCUCCCUGCGGCGCUGUGGCUCGUCGCCGUGGCGUGGGCGGCGGUGAUGCUCGUCAUGGCGCGGCCGGCGGCGGCGGCUUGGUGCAUCGCACGGAGCGGGGCGUCGGUGAAGGCGCUGCAGGCGGCGCUGGACUACGCGUGCAGCCCCGCGGGGGGCGCCGACUGCGCGCCCAUCCAGGCCAGCGGCCUCUGCUACCUCCCCAACACCCUCGCCGCGCACGCAUCCUACGCGUUCAACUCCAUCUUCCAGCGCUCGCGCGCCGCGCCCGGCGCCUGCGACUUCGCCGGCACCGCCACCAUCACGCUCACGGACCCCAGUUAUGGAUCAUGCACCUACCCUGCAUCUCCAAGCACUGCCGGGCAGUCAGGAUCGCCAGGCACGCCGAGUACUCCCACGUCUCUAUCACCACCGGGCACCGAUAGCUCCGGAGGCCUGAACGCACCUGACAUCGGUCCAGAAGAGUCCAGUGCCGAGGCUCCGGCUGCCGCGUCUUUCACAUCUCUUGCUCUGUCCUGUUUCAUGUGCUUGUUCCUGCAGUGGUGGUGAUGCAUGGACGAUCUAGUUUGUAGACUCUGUAGAGCAUUUGCGAUGCUGGCAUGUGGCGUCGUUGCAUCACGAUGUAAGGAACUGCCACAAUUUUGUUUCAGGGGAUUUGGUUGCCUGGUUGGUGGUAGCGGUUGUAACCUGCCGUUUCAAGUGAAAGGCAAGAGACCUCAGUUCAUGCUGCUUGCUUUUUCUUGGGGUUCUCAUCCGUUUUUGUUCUUGUCAAUUCA